CAGCAGGUGGAAGUCUGGCUGGCACCUGCACACACUCACACACACUCACACACACACCCUGCAGGCUGGACGAACCUCUGCCGCGGGAGAGAACCCUUCCCACACUCCGGAUCUUCCUCCUGCCGAGUGAGCUGGGCUGGGAGCAUCCCGGUCCUCGCCUCAAGCUGCUCUGCCUCCCCUCGCCGGCUCUGGCUGCAGCACCAGCAGCACCCGGGCACGGAGGACCUCGGGAGGCCCCGGGGAGAGAGCUCUGCAGGGAGCCAAGCCCAGCUGGGGGGGUAAGAGCUGAGCCUCGGGGGGCUGGAGCAUCCCCAGUAUCUGUGGCGUCCUGGAGUCCAGAUCAUCCCCAACAUCCAGGUAUCCUGGGUACGGAGCAUCCCUGGCAUCUGGAGUAUCCUGGGAUCCAGAGCAUCCCCAGCAUCUGAAGUAUCCUGAGUGCAGAGCAUCUGGAGUAUCCAGAGCAUCCCAGGGGCUUGUUAUUCCCUGGUCCAGUGCAUCCAGAGCAUCAGAGAAUCCAUAACAUCCUGCCAUCCCUGGCAUCUCGAGUAUCCUGCCAUCCAACACAUCCCCAGCAUCCAGCAGCAGCAUCCAGGGACAUCCCAGAGCAGGGGCAUUUGCAGGGACGAGGCACUGCCUGGCUGUGAGUAACGGGGAGGGAACCUUGCUUCUGCUGAUCGGCUCCUGGGAAUGUCACUCUGCCCUGAGUGCCAGUGAAGAGAGAGAGCAGGGGAAGAGAGGGAGACGACGAGGAGGAGAGGGAGAGGAGGAGGAGGAAAGGAGAGGAGAGAGGAGGACAGACAUAGAGCAGACAGGUGGUCGUUCUUCCCCUGGAUCCAGCUCUGGCGAUGAUCACGUAGCACAGGUCACGCCAGAGAAGGUCCCCCCAACCCCAAAGCUCCCAUGGAGGGUGACCUGGGGGCCCCCAAUUCCAGCAUGCUGGGGGAGCACUCGUUGCUCGUGGGGAGCAGCUGGGUGGCCGCUUUCCUGUGCUUCAUCAUCCUGCUGACCACGGUGGGGAACUUCCUCCUCAUCCUCCUCAUCGUCACUCAGCGCUCCCUCCGCAACACCUCCAACUACUUCCUGGUGUCCCUGUUCAUGUCGGACCUUAUGGUGGGGCUGGUGGUGAUGCCCCCAGCCAUGCUCAACCAGCUCUAUGGGCGCUGGGUGCUGCAGGGGGACUUCUGCUCCCUCUGGGCCUCCUUUGACGUCAUGUGCUGCAGUGCCUCUAUCCUCAACCUCUGCAUCAUCAGCCUGGACCGGUACCUGCUCAUCAUCUCCCCGCUCAAGUACAAGCUGCGCAUGACCUCCUGCAGGGCCCUCUGGCUCAUCCUGGCCACCUGGACCGUGGCUGCUCUGGCCUCCUUCCUGCCCAUCAAGAUGGGAUGGCACGAGCUGGAGUUCGAGAAGCUCUCCCUGAAUGUCACCUCGUGGGGGGACGAAGACCAGUGCCGGCUGGUGGUCAGUUUGCCGUACGCCCUGGUCGCCUCUUGCCUCACCUUCUUCCUCCCAUCUGCUGCCAUCUCCUUCACCUACUGCCGCAUCCUCCUGGCUGCCCGCAAGCAGGCGGUGCAGGUGGCUUCCCUCACCUCCAACGUGGCCACCACCACCACUACUGAUGACACCAUGCCACAGAUUCCCUGUGUCCCAAGCCAGCCCAUGGCCGGCAGUGAGAGCAGGAGGUUCACCAACAAGCACAGCAAGAAGGCACUGAAGGCCAGUCUGACCCUGGGCAUUCUCCUGGGCAUGUUCUUCGUGGCCUGGCUCCCCUUCUUCAUUACCAAUGUGACGCAGGCUGUCUGUGGCUGUGUCCCAGCCGGAUUCUUCGACAUGCUCACCUGGCUGGGAUACUGCAACAGCACCAUGAACCCCAUCAUCUACCCACUCUUCAUGAGGGACUUCAAGAGAGCCAUGGGCAAAUUCCUGCCCUGCUGCCGGCGCUCAGGGGAGCCCCGGCCCAACGCCAUAUCCUUCUCCAUGAGGAACUCCAACAGCGGAGCUCGUGCCGCCACGUCCCUCAAGAACAUCCUCACCUUGCAGGCUGAGACUGACUCAGUUGACUCUGGGGCGCUGGGGAAUGAUCCCAACCUGCUGCCAGCCCCCCUGACCUCCCACGCCCCCUCUAUCAGCCUGUGGGACGCAGAGCCUCCGGACACGGAGCCGCAGGUUGGGCAGCUCGGCACCCCCGUGGCCUGAGUG